UGGAAAUAGUCCGGUCUGGUCACACUAAUACUAUGGUUUUCAAUUCGUAAACAAAUUAACAUUUGCAAAAAUAAACAAAUAUAUAUAUUAAAUGUUGCUCAACACAAAGGCGCUCAUGUACAAACAGCUGGUGGAGAAGCUGUACGACAAAUGCCAGAGGAUACAGGCGGAGAAUGAGCGAUGUGUGAUGAGAGUUAAUGGCAUAAAAAAGAUCGUGAAGCGUCGCAAUCACGAUGUGGAGCUACUAAAGAAGCGACUGGACAAGCACGGCGACAAUUGGCGCUCCGUUCCGAUGGUGGCACCGCAUCCCAAGGGGAAAAUGGAACAGAAACGACGCGGACCCAAACCCAAAAACAAAGCAGCCACCGAGGGAGGAGUGGGAGCAGCCACUACGGGAACCGGACCAGGAACCAAUUCACCUGCUGUUCGCAAACCCAGGAAGCAGCGGGCAAAACUACAGCCACCUGGGACAAAUCCCAGUCCGACUCUGCCGGCGCCACAACCGCAAACCUGAUAUUUAGGAGUAUUUUUAAGUUUCAAAAGACUAAUAGUACAUUUACCAUUUUAUUAAGACAAAAAAUUAAACCAAAAACUCUUUAACAA